AUGGGAACUCCGGAGUUUCCAGAUCUGGGUCGGCAUUGCUACGUCGCCGAUUGCCAGCAGAUCGAUUUCUUGCCCUUCACCUGCGAUAGCUGCCAUCAGGUAUUUUGUUUGGAGCAUCGAAGCUAUAUUAAGCAUAAUUGUCCAAAAGCUGACAGACAAAAUGUCACUGUUGUCAUCUGUCCCCUUUGCGCCAAAGGAGUUCAUCUAAUUCCAGAUGAAGAUGCAAACAUUACUUGGGAGAGACAUGUUAACGCUGAAUGCGACCCUUCUAAUUAUGAGAAAGCCACAAAGAAGAAAAAGUGUCCUGUCCCUGGCUGCAAGGAGCUCUUAACAUUCUCCAACACAAUCAAGUGCAGGGACUGCACGGUCGACCACUGUUUGAAGCAUCGAUUUGGACCUGAUCACAAGUGUCCGGGACCCAAGAAACCGACAGCAGGCUUUCCUUUUUCGGGCCUUUUAAGUAGGAGUAGGAAAGAAGUGUCAAAGCCCAACCAUGCUCCUGCCGCGUCUUCCUCUAAAUGGAGUAAUAGCUUUCUUACUGCAGCUUCAUCUUUUCGAGCCUCAGCUGAAGCGAGUGUGGCAAAAUUGAGUAGCGAACUUAGCCAGAAGUGGCAGAUAGCGAAGGAUGGAGCAGGGCAGAGCAGCAGCAGUGGGAGUAGAAACGGGCAACUGGAGGAGUGUCCGCAGUGUGGUGCUAAGUUUUCCUCAGUCACCACUCUUGUAGACCACGUAGAAAAAGUCCAUGAGAAGGGUGGCAACAGAGCUGGGGUGAAGAAGAUGACAAUCGAUGCCUGCCCUAAAUGUAGUAAAGGGUUUCGUGAUCCAGUAGCUCUCGUAGAGCACGUUGAGAGAGAUCAUGGUGGUACAUCAAGAGCAUAG